AUGGAAUGGAAGCCGGGGUCCGACGGGGAGCGGGAUGAGGGGAGGGGCAAGCGUCGAAAACGGGCGGGAUGGGGCUUACCUAAUUUCGUUGGGUAUCGGCAGCGGCAUCUAAUAGUCAGCCCUGGCCGCUUAGCAAAGUUUCAACUUUCUCCAGUUAUUAGCUUCUCCUUCUCUUCCGUUUUCACGGGCGGUAAUAACAGUCUUAAUGGGUUCGGAACUUUUUUCUAUGUAUUUCUAAACAUGCAUUCCAAUUCUAAUAAUUUUGAAAAUUACCUGAUCCGAGGAAGAUACGAAAUGAGGGCAAAGGGAACAAAAACAAUUUGAACAUUAUGUUCCCGGAUGAAUAAAAUGAUAGAUUGUUUCAGUAAUGGUGCCGGUCGCAGUGGAGCGUUUCUGGCAUUGGACGCCAACUUGGAACUGAUGAAGAAAACAGGACAACUGGAUGUUUUCGAGUACGCGAAGACUCUUGUGAAUUCGCGGCCACAUUUGAUCGACAGCGUCGAACAGUACAUGUUCAUCUACGAAGUGCUGUCCGAGGUAGGUGGGAAGGGGAAACGGAUUAGGGAAAGAAAAGUUAUGGAGUGAUCUUGACGGCCUUGAGAACGGCACUAGCAUGAGAAACGGAAAAGGAAAUUGGCGGGAUUUCAGGCUGUGAUGUGCAAUGUGCAACCGAUUGAAAUGAAUCAGUUGAAGGAGAGAAGCAGUAUGUACAAGGCGAAGAAGAACAGAGAGCUUCUGGAGAGUCAGGAGACGCACGAGAACAAGGUUGGUGAGGGGAAGGGAACGAGAUAGGAUCGGAUCGGAAUCGAGACGCUUUGCGCGCCUUUUUUCGGGCCUCCACCACGAACUGACUAUGGCAUCAUGAAGCGGUCGUGGGUUUCGAGGAAUGCGAAUUCGCGAUGAGUUGUUCUUGUCAUGAAUGGAACGAGACACGAACGGCAGUGCAUGACUCAUUGCCACGUCAUGCCUCAUUCCAUUCAGAUCGCUUUGCCAAUGUUGUUUUUUGUCGGUCAAUAGCCAUGCUUUUCGCUUUUAUGACGGUCAUUCAAAAGAGUCUCAAAUAGGGUUUAUGUACUGACGCGCGUCGUUUUUAUCACUUCAACGCCCUCGUUGCAGCUUCUGAUGCAUUUGACGCCUACGCUGCGAAUCGGAGACUGUGCGGGAGGCCAUCGUCUCGAAAACCGAGGCAAGAACAGAGAUGUGAUGGUGGUGCCACGUGAGUUGGAGGAUAGAAAGGGAUCGAAUGAACAAGGGCGAAUUACAGCUGACCAUGCGAGACCGUACCUUCAGACAUUGCACGGAGAAAGCAAAGACUACACAUAUAUCAAUGCAGUGGAAGUGAGAGAAAGAGAAUGAUUGGAGAUGGAAACUGGUAUUGUACUAUUGCAGGUGGAUGGAUUCACUCGAAAAGCAGAAUUCAUCGUGACAGAAUGGCCGAAACAGAGCACUGUCGACUCAUUCUGGACACUGAUCUACGACCACGCAUGUCACACUGUUGUCAACUUGAGUAAUCAAGGAACUCAGAGGGUACGUGACUGAUUUUUGGUUCCUGUCUACUUGAUCUUUCCAGCAUUAUCCCUCUUUCAUUCACAACAAAGGAAAGGCCAACUACGGUCCGUUCAUCGUCGAGAUCAUGAACUAUCAUCAGUAUCCGGCGAUGACCUCCCAUAUGGUCAAAGUGAUGAAAAGGGUUAGUCGGAUUCUGUUGCAGGUGUCUUGGUCACGCCGCUUAUUUUGUUAUUCGAGUGUUUCGAACUAUCUUGUCAAAAUGUGAAAAAGGUUUGACAAUUACUGAGUUAUGUGAAUGCUGAGCAGGUUGAUCCGCCGAACGCGCGCCCGGCCGCCAAGAUCCCCACGUUGGAAGGAGUCCCUGGAUAUCAGACUCGGCCGGACAUCAUGCCGGGCCAGUCGUUCCGCUUCAAGCCAAUGUACCGCGGCAAGUUCCGCGAGCCCGGCGACGACAACUCGACGUCGUCGGACGAGGAUGAACAGUCCGCACCGAAUGCUCUUCUUCCGCCGCGUCGGCCUCGCAAGACGACGAGCAGUCAGUUUCUGAACGUGACGCCGCCACGUGGACAUGGACUGAAGCGGCGCAGCAGAUCGGCGGAAGAUCCAUUCCGAGAGGUGGAGCCCGAAGUGUGGUUGAGCUGCGUCCCUCUGUCUUCCGACCCUCCUCCGCCGUUUCCCGACCCAUCCGCUUCGUUUUCCGCUUUUCGUUCUACUCACAGUUAUUGUGAUUGUGCGUGUGAUGCGUUUCGUUUACAGAAAACUUUGAAGCUUCAUUGCUUUCCGGGGAGCCUUUUAGAAGUAGCUAAAAGGGGAUUCGGCCGACUGUUUGGUCGCCGCGGCAAUUGUUUCUUUAUAAGCUUUAAGCGCAUUACAAUCCCCCCGAAAAUGAAAUCUCUUUGCAGCCCCACCAGGUUCCGCCAAUGAAGGUCGACCCUGAGGGUAAGGGGGUGUCAAAACUAGUGAGUUAAAGUACCCAGUGGCCUUUUGUGCCACGUGUCCAUGACUUCUUUCUGUGCAGUGUCAACGCCUUUUUGAACCUGGUGGGGAACUGUGUCCACUGUCUUCGUCCCUCGUCCCGUUCCGAUGUGAUCGUCGUUUCAGAAGGGAGCUGCCGACAUCAAGCGCCUUCUGAAUAUACGCAGAGAGAAGGCAGAUCUUCAGAAAGAAACGACCAAACAAAUCCAGAAGCUGGUCUCUUUCUUUCUCUCUCUCUCUCUUUUUUUUGGUUUUUGUGGUGUGCCCGCACUAACCGAUGCUUAUCCGCUAACCGUAAAUGUCUCGUUUUCUAACUUUCUCGCAACCUAAUUUCCGAGUAGUCAUUCUUAGAAGCCAUAAAAGGCCGCGUUUUCAGUCGAACGUAAACCUCCAUCCAAAUCUCGCUUACACGUAAAUCCGAAAACUAACCAGAGUGAUGCCCUUCGAAUCUUCCGUGCCCGCGAAUCAACUCCUUCCGUUUCAGACGUUCAUGAUCAGUGACAUCAUGGCCAGCGGUGCUCAGAACCAGCAGAUCGACGCCGAAGUUCGCAUUUGCUGUGUGAUCCAAGUGAGUGCGCUCAUUCAGACGAUCAUUAAGUGUGGAGAGUUCAGGUAAGAAUGUGGCCGAUCGAGAACAAAGUGCCGCUUUCGACCACCGGACUCAUUGACGUCAUCAAAAUGGCAAGAAGCUGGAGGAAGAGAGCGCCCGACCGUCCUGAAACUAAACCGACCAUCGUCAUGUCACAGUAAGAGGAGAUCUCUCUAUCUUUGAAAUGUUUCUGUUUUCAGCAACGGAGUAUCGCGAGUUGGUGUGUACAUCGGUGCGAACAUUUGCAUUGAUCAGAUGGACAUUGACCACGAAGUCGAUGUUUUCCACGCUGUCAAGAUGAUGAGGAUCAAUCGGCCACAACUGAUUGAUAUGAAAGUAAGAAUGAAGCCGGAAGCGUGCCAAUGACGGAAACAUUCAGGACGAGUACAAGUACCUGUACGACGUGAUGCUCCACUGGUACAUGACAAAUCCAGAGUACCGUAUCUAUGACAAAGAAGACAGCGAGGACACCGACAGCCAGAAGACCUCACGUCCUCCUUCCAAUCGUCAUUCCCUCAAAGAAAAGAGUUCAUUUAGAGUAUGGUCCCUUCGGAAGUUUCCGUCAAUCAUUUCCCUUUUUCAGAGUAAAUUCUCGUUCCGUCGCCGCAACACCACCCGUCAAAACGAGCAGGCGGUGGUCGAGCAGCACGUGAACAACAAAUGA